AUGGCCUCUUCUAAAAGUGCAGGCCGACCAAAGGUGCUCUUGCUAGGCGUAAUUGAGCAUGCCCAGUCAUCGUGGGAAGCCGUAGGCGAGAUAGCUCAAAUCUUGACGCCAAAGUCGAACAACCGAGCCGACUUCAUCCAGGAAGCAUCCUCUGGAGCCUUUGACGGCUGCGUUGCCGCCUACCGCACCUUCGACAGCUUCGAAGUGACAGGCAAAAUAGAUGGCGAACUGCUCCAGGCACUCCCGGAUUCCCUCCGUUUCCUGUGCCACAACGGAGCCGGAUAUGAUCAGGUUGACGUCCACGCCUGUACCGCUCGCGGCAUCCGUGUGUCCAACACCCCGACGGCCGUGGACGACGCCACGGCCGACAUGGGGAUUUUCCUCCUUCUCGGAGCUCUGAGAAACGUGGCCGUCGGCAUGGCCUCUCUUCGAGCAGGGGAGUGGCGCGGGAAGACCCUCCCACCGCUGGGACACGAUCCCCAGGGCAAAGUCCUCGGCAUCUUGGGUAUGGGCGGUAUAGGCCGCAACAUGGCCAAGAAGGCGCUGGUGUUUGGUAUGCAGAUCCGAUACCACAACAGAACGAGGCUGGAUGCUCAUAUCGAGAAGGAGAUUGGGGCUGAAUAUGUUGAUUUCGACACUUUGCUGGCUGGCAGCGACGUCAUCAGUUUGAACUUGCCCCUGAACCCAAAAACCCGUCACAUCAUCUCGCGAAACGAGUUUGCCAAGAUGAAGGCAGGCGUCGUCAUAGUCAACACGGCCAGAGGGGCUGUCAUCGACGAAGCAGCGCUGGUGGAAGCUCUUGAUUCUGGACAUGUAAGCUCUGCCGGCUUGGACGUGUAUGAGAACGAGCCGGAUGUCCACCCUGGGUUGCUGGCCAACCCCCGCGUCCUUCUGGUCCCACACAUGGGAACCUUUACCGUCGAGACGGAGACUAAGAUGGAAGAAUGGGCGAUUAGCAAUGUGCGCAUGGCUGUUGAAUCUGGUCGUUUGCGGAGUAUCGUGCCGGAACAGAAGAGCAUGGAACGGUAGAAAUGAGGAUAGUUGAGAAUGAGUGUCUUCUUGCAUAUUGUCAUGGCCAACCGGAGCGCAUCGUUGAGUCGGUAGUAGUUGUGGAAGCAUGUUGCCAUCUUUUGUGCUGGAGUAGAUUUCUCUCACGAAAUUACGGAAGAAAACCUCAAGCUGGCGUGGUUGCCGUCUCGUC